GCGUCGCGCGUCGAAGUUAGUCGCAAUCAAACCUUCAGACGUUGGAGUUGCUGCCCGGCAAACUUUGAACGUGAACAAUUUGUGUUCCACACGUGAUCGUAGCAUCCAAUCAACAGAUCGCAACUCGCGGUUUCUCGGAAUCGUGGCUUGGUCAUCGUCAUCGUUUCUUAAAAUAAUCCCGAGGAACGGCUUCGUUUAUUUCGUUUUGCUUGGCCGUUGAAGCAGUGUGUUAUCAGAUUUCAAGGAAUAUUUUUAGUGAAAGUUUUAAAAAGUUGACAAGUGUGAUAAUCUACUUCUUGGAUCUGUUUAUGAAAAAAUCCGCCAAUCCGCGGCGAGUGAAGUUUGACGACCUUGAAUUUUAAAGUAUUGUUUGGAAUUUGUUAUGAUAUUUGUUAAGGAUCGGCGAGAACUUCCACUAGAAAUAUAAAUUAUCAUGGAUUACGACGAUUUAGAUACUGGCACACAAGACGAUGGAGGCCUAGCGGAUGGGAAUAUUGAAUUAAGUGAUGUCAUUGAGGUUAUUGAGACUGAUCCAGACUUCAAAGAGUCUAAAGAACCUGCACAACACCCAACCAUGUUUAACGGAGGAGGAGAAAUACCAGUUCCACAACAAACGGCCAUCCAGUCUGGCCAGCUGUCAUCGAUGUCGGCGAAAAAACAAGCUCGCAUUAGAAUAGUAGAACAACCAGCGUCGAAAGCGUUAAGAUUUCGAUAUGAAUGUGAAGGAAGAUCAGCAGGCUCCAUUCCCGGAUCAAGGAGUACCCCCGAAAAUAAAAGUUACCCUACCAUUAGGGUAGAAGGUUAUCAAGGCAGAGCUGUGGUAGUAGUAUCGUGUGUUACAAGAGACCAACCUUAUAGGCCUCAUCCUUAUAACUUGGUCUCAAAGGCAAAUAACAAGGAAUGCGGAAAAGGCAUUAUUUCUUUAAAUAACGUCUCAAUCGAUGGACCACACACUCUUAUAUCUUUUAAAAAUAUCGGCGUACAAUGUGUGAAGAGAACUUCCAUGGCUGCCUCUUUAGAACUGAGAGAGUCAUUGGGUGUUGAUCCUUUCUUGACUGGAUUUAGUCAUCGAAAUCAACCGACUUCGAUUGACUUAAAUGUAGUUAGGCUGUGUUUUCAAGUAUUCUUGGAAGGUGAUACUCCUGGAAAAUUUUCAGUAACAGUCCCUCCAGUAGUCAGUGAUCCCAUUUACGAUAAGAAGGCUAUGUCAGAUUUGACCAUUAUAAAAUUGUCUGACUGUAGCAGUUAUGUAGAUGGGGGCAGGAAAGAUAUUAUUCUUCUAUGUGAAAAGGUAGCAAAAGAAGAUAUUCAAGUGAGAUUUUUUGAAGAGAAUGGUGACUGGGAAGCUUUCGCGGACUUUCAGCCGUCGCAAGUUCACAAACAGCACGCCAUUUGGUUCCGAACACCCCGGUAUAAAACUUUGGAUGUGACGGAUCCCGUCGACGUGUUUAUUCAACUCAGAAGGCCAUCUGAUGGUGCUACCAGCGAAGCACUUCCUUUCAAGCUUUGGCCAGGUAGGUCGUCGUAUUGGCCAUAUCGGAGAACGCUUACCAAAAAGGGAAAUUAUGAUUUGUUCGAUUCGAUAUUAGCGAACGACGCGAAGUUAGUGACUAAACGGCAGUUAUCUGCAGCUUCCGAAAAGGAUAUAGGCUGGAAAGAAUCUGUUUUGCCUGCGGAGCCUAUUAUCAUAGCUACUAACGAUACUCAUAUCAAUAACCAAGUAAUACUAAUUGAUAAGUCUCUUGAUCAAAAUGCAAAUGAUAUUGAAAUAAUUCAAGAUGAAUCCAUAACUUGGAUUCCCACUGUGGAAGCCAAUAACAAUCAAAUAACGUCUGACGAAAUGGACUAUUCAGAAUUAAAGUUAAAUAAAGAAGACAGCAUUUUGACAGAUACUCCUGCCAAAGUAGAGGAAAAGUCCUUUAACGAGCUCAUUAACCAAGUGGCUGAAUUAGAUGAAAUUUAUUCAGACACACAAGCCCGCUUACUCUCCCAACCUUUAACUGAUUUCGAAAAGCCAGCACUCACAGAUUUAACAUACAAUGAAUCCUUUGAUGAUGCAAAAACUUAUUCUAGUCUUCAAUUGGCAUUCAAAAACCCCGUUGAUAUUGAAAUACGACCAACUUAUCCCCCAAAGCCCAAAAGUCCAAAUACAUUAUUAGCAAAUAAAAGAGAAAACGAUGCUGAAAAGCUACCACCUCUUCCUCCAAAACGCACUAAAAAGCUAGAAACAUUUAUAGGCAGUACUAAUAGUUUACCUAGAAGUGAUAAACCGGACUUACAUAAAUCAAAUUCUAGUAUUAGAACAAUAACAGUAAGCAGAAAUAACUCAUUUAAUUUACAGAGACCAAAGUCUCAGUCCGAACUAUCACCUCCAGAUAAACAUUUGCCACCAACUCCAAACUAUUCAACAUUGCCAAAUCCCAAAAAGAGGGGUUUCUUUUCCAAACUGUUCCGCAGAGGCAACAAGACUCAAUCUGCCAAUCCCUCCCGAGAAGCGAGUCUUUCUCCUUCUACAAAAACAUUAACUAGUACAAAAUCUUUGCAAGUUAACAGCUUUUUGGGUAAGAGCUCAGGAAACAUAUCAACGCAUUCUUCAAACAGUAUACGCAUACCGCUUAAGGAUAGUCCUCCUAGCAGUAAUCUAAAUUUAACGGACAGUAAUGGCAACAACAAAGACACGAGAGACAUAUCUGCAGAUGAUAUAGACAUGAAUUUAGAUUUGACGGAGGCUGAGCAUUAUGCUCUGUAUACCGCCAUAGCACCACAUGCCACUCAAAGUGAAUUUGAUGAGAUGUCAUGUUACUAUGCUCCUGUGGAGGGGGGAAAGUUGUUAACGAAUGCUGAAGUACUAGCCAGACUGGCUUCAAAGACAUAGUAGACAAAUUUUGAAGGGAAUUCUUGAUUAGUUUUAUUUUUUUUUGUUUUUAUUUAAAUCGACUGUGUUUAUUUAUUAAAAAAUCAUUCGUAAAUUUAAAUAGCUGAUUUUUACUGUGUGUAAAAUUGACGGUUACUUGGUGGGAAUUUAUUUUCAACAAUACAACAUAAAACUUAUUUCUCCGAAACAUCGGCUUCUUCAGAAUAUCUUCUUCUUCUUUUUGUAAAGACAUUACUAUGUCUGUUUUUUCAAUAUGCCUCUAGUAAGUUGUCGUUCCAUCGUUUUCGUGGUCUUCCCACUGAUCGUCUUCCUAUUGGGGAACCGUCUCUCGCUGUCCUGACUACCAUAUUUGUUGUCAUUCGGCUUAUGUGGUCAUUCCAUUCUACUCCAUUCUGUUUCUUACCCAGUUUUAUUAAUGUUCUCCACCUUGCAUCUCCAUCGUAUAUCUGUACUUUCUAGCUCUGUCCCAUAGUGUCUUACCAUCGAUUUUUCGAAGGGUCUUCAUUCCCGCUCUUUCGAGCAAUCUUUUUGUCCUCUCUGUGUCAGGUCGUGCUUCUGUCGUGUAUGUCAUUAUUGGUCUGAUGACUGUUUUGUCAAUUCUGCCUUUUAUUUCUUUUCCGAUAUUUUUAUUUCUCCAUAUUGUGUCAUUCGGGCAACCUGCGGCUUUGUUUGCUUGAUCUUUCACUUCUGUUUCGAACUUUCCGUAGCUAGAUAGUGUGAUGCUUAUACUACAAUCACCAUAAAGAUGCACUAGAAAUAAACAAACCAAGACACGUUGAGUGUUAUAGGAGCACUCUCGAAUCAUGAUUAACAAUGUAUAUAGGUACAUUGUAAAUUCCAAAUCAUGAUUUACAAAGUUCUUCUUCUUUUGCCCUUUAAUUCGUCCAAUUUUGAACAUAGGCUUCCCCCAGUUUCCUCCAUUCGCUUCUGUUUAGUGCUUUCUGUUUCCAGUGCGUACCUCCUAUCUUUUUAAUGUCAUCUCCCCAUCUCAUCUGGGGUCGUCCUCUUGCUCUCUUUCCUGUCCAUGGUCUCCAUUGUUGUAUCGUGGUAUUCCACCUAUUGUCCGUUUGUCUAGCGUUCUGACCUGCGAAGCUCCAUUUUAGCCUGGCUAUAUGUUGUCCUGCGUCUUUGACUUUUGUUUUAUUUCUUACCCAGUUGUUUUGCUUUCUGUCUGUUAAUUUUACUCCUAACAUUGCUCUCCAUAUCUCUUUGUGUCUUCAUUAUUUUAUCCAUGUUUGCCUUGAUCAAGGUCCAUGUUUGGCAUGCGUAUGUGAGAAUUGGGAGUAUGCACUGGUCAAACACUCUCGUUUUUAAGUAUUGUUGUAUUUUUUUUUAUUCUUUAGAACCCAUUUUAAUUUCCCAAAUCCUGCCCAGGCUAAUUUGACCCUUCUUUUUACCACCGCUGUUUGGUUUUCCUUAUUUACUUUUAUUAUUUGUCCCAAAUAUGGGGUCGCUUAUAUUGUGGUGUCGUUUAGUAUUACGUUUCUAUUAUCUUUUGUGUUUGUCAUUGUUUUUGUUUUGGCAAAAUUCAUUUUUAGACCUAUUUGUUCGGAUUAAUUUGCUAGUUCGGUUAGCAUGGUUUGUAGUUCUUCAAAACUUGAUGCUAUUACUACUACAUCGUCUGAAUAUCUUAGGUGGUUUAGUUUCUUUUCAUUUAUGUUUAUUCCCAUGUUUGUCCAUUCCAUUGUUUUGAAAACAUCUUCCAGUGCUAAUGUAAAUAGUUUAGGAGAAAUAACAUCUCCCUGUCGCACUCCUCUGUUAAUUGGUAUAGGUUUUGUGGUUUCUUCCAAUUGUACUGUCAUUGUUGCUUUCUUAUAUAUAUUAUGUAUUAGCAUUCUGUAUCUGCAAUAUAUUCUACAGUUGUUUAUAGCUUUUUCUAUUGCCCACAUUUCCACGCUGUCAAAUGCUUUUUCGUAGUCAACGAACGCUAAGUGCAGAUCUAUAUGGUAUUCGUUAGCUUUCUCUAUUAGUGUCCUAAUUGUUAGAAGAUGGUCAGUGGUGCUAUAUCGCUUUCGGAAUCCUGCCUGCUCUACUGGUUGAUAUGAGUCCAAUUUGUGUGUUAGCCUGUUGUUGAUAAUCCUCAUGAAUAGUUUAUACGUUUGCGACAGCAUUGAGAUGGCUCUGUAAUUUUUUAUGUCCUUUCUGUCGCCUUUUUUAAAUAGCAGGAUUGUAAGACUUUCGUUCCAUUCGUCGGGUAUUUCUCCUUUAUGUAAACACUGAUUAAAUAGAUUUCUUAAUGUUUGUAAGAUUUCUUCUUUCCCUUCUUUCGACAUUUCAGCAAGGAUUCCAUCUGGUCCCGGUGCUUUGUUGUUCUUUAAUUGUGAUAGUGUUGCUUCUAUUUCAUAAUUUUCUAUUUUUGGUAAUGUUUCUGAGUUUAUAUUUGUGAUGGUUUUCUUGAUAUAUUCCUGAGUGUUGAGAUUUGCGUCUUUCUUUGAGGUGUAUAGUUUUUUAUAAAACCUUUUUACUUCUUCUGAUAUCUUAUCUUUUCUCCUCUCUUCCCGUCCUUAUAACAAAGUUAAUACAUUGUAAAUCAUGAUUCAGGAGUGCUCCUCGUAACAUUCAACGGGUCUUGGUUUGUUUAUUUCUAGUGCAUCUUUAUUAUGAUUUUAGUAUAGAUUAUUUAACUUCAUCACUUGUUCUAUUAUCUUACCUUCCAGCUCUAAUUUACAUCUAAUUGUGUUUGAUGUUAUAACCAUGCAUUUUGUCUUUGUUGGAGAAAUUAAUAGGUUAAAUUUUCUGACGGUUAUAUUAAAUUGGUGAAGCAUACGUUGUAAAUCAUUUUCUGACAGAUGGGGUAAGAAAUGAUUCUCUCAUUGCAUAAUCUUGAAUUUAUCUUCCAUACGCCUACUAUUUAAAAAAAAACAAAAUAAAUUAGAAAACAUAAAAUUAGGAUUAAUUUCAAUGAAAUAUAUUUUACAAAACUUAAAAUGAUUUUUUAAUAAAUAAACUUGUUACACUUUUUAAUUUAUCCACUGUUAUCGGUUUUUUUAGUUUAAUAUUGAUUUUUCACGUAAAAUUUAAUAU